AUGAGAAGAUUCAAAGAACUAAACCUUCAAAAUACUGAAGGCAGUCAAGGUGAUUUUUCAUCUCGAGCAUUCACGAAUACUGCAAGUGUUCAACAAUAUCAAAAAGGCGAACUUCUCGGAGCCGUUUUCAACCCGUAUGCUGCUCCAGAAGCCGAGCAACAUUUCGCUGUUGUCGGUGGAGAAUACGUUCAAUGCUACCGAGUCGUCAAGGAAGUGAACAAUUUGGAGCAUGUUUGGGGAAUUCAUUUCCCGAAUAGCCCUGAUGAAAAGAAAUCGCACCGCAAACCGGAUGAUCCCACAUCCGAAGAACUACCAGUGGAUGACCGAAAGGAGAUUCUCUACUGUGUUGCUUGGGCUUUUGAUACGUUUGAUCAUAAAAACGGCGGCGAUCCGUAUAAAAUCAUCUGUGGUGGUGUUCUCGGAUUUAUUUACGUCGUCGACUUUGCCACAAGACAGCUCGAUAAUCGUCUUCAAAGCUUUGGUGGUGACAUCAACGAAAUCAGAACAUGUCCAACGAAUUCCGAUUUGAUUGCAUGUGCUUCAUCCGAUCAAUCGAUUCGUGUUCUUCAUAUUCGAAACUCGCAAUGCCUCAUCUGUAUCGGCGGACUCGCUAGUCACCCUUCCAUGGUUCUUUCUGUGGACUGGCAUUAUACCGGUGAAUAUCUCGUGACGGGUGGAAUGGAUCAUCAAGUCAUGAAAUGGGAUCUGUCAACUUUUAUAGUCAAAAGUCAUUUGAAAUAUACAUGCGAUGAGCUGGCAAAAGGAAAACGGAACAUUUUCGGUCCACAAGUGACUAAACCUCCACAGAUAAAGCCGGUACCUCCUAGAAAAAUGUGCCCCGAUGACACGGGAAAGGUGAAACAAGUCAUGGAGUCUCUCGAUUAUGCUGUUGAUAAAGUCUAUCACAUCUACACUCCAAUUGCCGUUUGCUCUGAUUUGCACACCAACUACGUGGAUUGUGUUCGAUUUCUUCCUGGCUCGGAUGUGAUUGUCUCCAAAGAUUGCGGUGAGCAGCCGACUGUGAACAUUUUCCGUUUCGGCGCUGGUGUUCCGAGAAAUGAAGACGCAAUUCCCAUGAAGGAACCAGAAACGUGCACAACAAAAAUUAUGAGCGUUACGAAUGAUAACGGUGAAGUAUGGUUCACCAAGUUCGCUAUCGAUCCGAGGAGACGUUGGUUGGUUUGUGGUUGUACUCGUGGAAUCGUCAAUUUCAUCGAUUUAAAAUACCGUGAUCGUCCGAAAAUUAACUUCUCUCUCACUAUCUGCCAAAAUACCAUCCGACAAGUCGAUUUCUCACCAUGUGGCCGAUUCAUGGUUGCAUCUGGAGAUGAUAUGCGGAUUGUUCGACUUGAUCGAGUCCCGGACACAGUCGAUGUCUCUCUUCUGGCGAAAUUCAACAAAUGA